UCGAUCCCCAAUCGCCUCACUGAGAAGACUUUCGCACGGACGGUGUUACUUCGUGUUGAUGUGUGUGGUGUCCACUUGAGCCCCGUUUGCUCGCCCGCCCGUGAUCAACCAUGACCACAGCCGUCAACGCUGGCUGGAAGCUGGAUGGUGAAGAAAAAGCGUGCUACAUCGAGAUAGAGGACGACGGCCAGCCAUACCCGGGUGGCAGCAGCGGCCAGACUCGCAUCGGCCAGCAGCCCGAUGAGAGCGAUCCCAAAACUGAUGACCCAAACCACGGCUGGACGGAGCGGUGGAGCAACCUGCCGGACCACAUCCUCGAGCGCAUCUUCUCGCAUCUCACCCUCAAGGAGCGGUACUAUGCGAGCCUGACCUGCUACGGAUGGUACCGGGCUUUCUAUCUGCCACACGUGUGGUCGAGCUUCCUGGUGGAGGACGCGACGCUUGGGCGCAUGAAGUACAACUACUACUCCGGCUGGCAGCCGGUGCUCGAUCACUCGCGCCUCCAGAGCUGCCUGCUGUCGGUCGGCCAGCUCAUCCGGGGCCUCGACUUCCGGCCGCAGGUUAGCUUCAACAACAUGUUCCAGUUCAUGUCGCUCAUCUCGUGGGCGAUGGAGCAGAACGCCCGCGGCCCGACCGGUUGCCCCGCCGAGUGGGUUGGCUGCGGUUCGCGCAUCCGCUCGCUCCACUACCUCUUCCCGUGCAACAUGGCCUACAGCGAGGACCCGGAGUCGAUCAAACUGUUCGGCACCGGCGGCCAGCUGCUGGCCGCGCUCAAGCGGCUCAUGUACUGCUUGACAAACCUCACGUCGCUGUCCCUGGUCGACCUAAUGCUCGAGCGCUACGAAGCGAACCACCUGCUGGACGAGGUGCUCGAGUCGUGCUGCCUCGUGCUGCGACGCCUCUGCCUGGUCAACGUGACCAGUGUCCACUGUCCGAUUAUGCACAUCGGCCUCUUCCUCAAUCUACAGGUCCUCGUAGUGUCACCGCAGAGCCUGGACGACGACGUGCUGGCCCUGCUGGCCGACUCGAAGGUCAAGCAUCUUACGCUGCUCCAGAACCGCUACACACCUCCGGCCCUGGCCAUCAGCCCGUGCUCGGCCAAAGCGUGGCUCUCCGUGCGCCGGGAUAAUCCACGGCUCCGGGUACACCUGCGGGUCGAGUCCACCAGCAAUGCCCUCAUCCUGCUCCAGCCCGAGGCCCCGGUCAGCAGCAUGAUUUAUCAGACGCCCAAAACAAAGAUUACCUCCCACCAGCUGGUGGCGGCAGUCGACUCCUACAAGUACACGCUCACCAUCUACGGGCACGAGCAGUUUCUGGUGGGCGAGAAGGGCAGCACUAAGACCGCGUUCCUGGAAGCCAGCUUCGAGGACCGACCCGACAGUUUGCUCGUCCUGUUGGUGCGCUCCUGCCCGGCACUGAACACCCUGAUGAUAAGGGAAUGUAUCUCGACCGCCACGCUGCUGCUGAUUGCCCGGACGGCGCACAACUUACGUCACCUGUACAUCGCCCGGACCCUGGUGAAGGUGGGCUGCGAUUGGCCUCGGAAUCCGGACUGGACGGAUGAGUUUUUCCGCUGGCUCACGAGUACGGCGCGAUCCCUCGACGCCACCGAGCGGGAAGUGGGCCGCAUCCUGGAUCACCCGUCCUGGCGCAUGCUAUCCGAGGACCAGUUCCGGGCCACCUCACUGACCCGUCAUGUAACCUUUUAAUUGAAGUGCGCCUAGCCAGACCACUGGACAAUGGCGCGUCGUUGUGUCGUUUGAUCUUCCGGACUUCGGCCCUUUAAGACGAGCGGCUUACGAAUGCAAAUGAUAGGUCACGGACGCAAAAAAGGAUCAGCAGGAUGCCCCACACAUAAAUGUACCUUCGAUAAAAGGGCUCGUGCCAUUAACCGGGUGGCAUCGUGAUUUUAAUUAAGCGAAAUUAACAGAACCGGGUUUGUUUUUUCCGCGCCCGGAACUCGGAAGUGCCGCAAUCCAGCUUCCUUGAGCCAAAAAGAUGGUUCAAAAGCCCCCCAAACACCUACCCAAAGCGGUUGAGUAAGAGAAAAAGUGGGACGGUUAUCCCAAACUUUCAGGCUUCAUUAUUCACGACACUCUGUCACCUUCGGCGGCCGCUCGGCGACCCCAAAGCAACCCGACGAAGGACCCGGGUCGAAAGAGAGAGAGACAGAGAGAGGGGUGUAGUGAAAAAUUCAUCAAAACUAACAGUCGACAACAAACUUUCGGUCGACAGCGGGGGACCUCGCCGCCGCCCCAUCAUCCCAGCCUCGGUCAACAAUAUGGAUUCGUUAGAAACCAAUCGACCACCGGCCAUCAGACCGGGCGGGUAGUUCCGGGGAUAGCAGCUGGAGCCCCGGCCACUGUCUAUUAUUUACCGGGAACGCCCGGAGAGACCGAGCUCAAAACACCCGGGAGCGGUCGGUAUGUGUGUCCUGGCCUCGCCGGGAACGUUCCGCAAGAGUCGCCAACUUUCUUCGAACGACAAAGUGCUCUCGUGCUCUCGAGCGGGCUGGCGAACGCUAACUAAUUGCUAACUAUUCAAUGAAAUUUUACUAUCACAAACAGAGUGCAAAACUAUCGGAACGUUUGCCGAGGCCAGCAAGCAGCAGCUUCCGGCCGGCAGCUUCCGGUGCUCGGGCGACCGACGAGUUUCCGACACCGAACGGAACGGGAGAACAAGAGUAAAUAAGCUUCUUAUUAAUUUGUCAGUGAAAAUGGAUGAUAAAAAUGCGCAAACAGACAGGGCCAGGGCAGAGCCGACAGAGCCGGUAGUUGAGGCCAUGUGCUUUGUAAAUAAGUUUCGCAACGUGUGUAAGGUUUGCAGUUGUUCUGUGACAACUUAUCGAUCUAUUAAUUUGUGAUACGUGUGAUUGUGAACAUUGAAAAUGUGUCGAUGAGCAAAGGAACUCUAUUUAUUGCACCGGCCACACUUAGGC